GCAUGCGCGUGCGCUCGACGCAUGCGCAGUGGCAUUCUCCCCACCCCUCGCUGCUUGGGCAGGUCUUUGCAGCUUUAAGGGGCUCUCGGGGCCUGGAGAAUCCAGCUUGGCCGUCGCUUCAGUUUUCGUGGUGUAUUAUUGUUGUUGUUGUUGUUAUUAUUAUUAUUAAUUUUGACGGAGGAGGACGCCCUCCCCCCCGUGAGUACUGAGGGAGGCGCUUCUCACUCUCCGCUUUGGCUCGCCUCCUCACGGCUGCUGGAUAUUCCUUGGAGCGCCCCCUGAGGUUACAACGCUCACCCUCUCCCACCUCGGCCAAGGGUUUGGGAACUCUUUCCAUUCCUCUAGAGUUCCAUUAAACCAAUUGGAAAAGCCCUUUAAGCAUCUGGAAUAAAAUACAAAGAAGAAAAAAUGCCAUCGAAGAUACAAAGAAAGCGACAGAAGAGACGUUUAGACUACCUCCUCAAAAAGCAAAAAGGGGAUGAAGACAAAGCUGAUGCAGUUUUUGGUAACAUAGCAGAACAACGUGGUGAGCUUGUACCUGCAGAAAUGUCUGAAAAAACUGUUCACAACCUAACCCCCACCUUUGACAGCAUACCAUAUAGAAUGCAGAACCGAACAGGGUCUACAAACUCCUUGCUGGAUGACAGUGAUUACUUCUUGAACUCUGGGGACCUUACAGGGAUUCCUGUUGUUGGGAGUGACAAUGAAGAUGAGCAAACCUUUGCUCCAAAAGAUGGUCUCCCUUCUGCUGUUCGCCCCGAGGAUAGCCGGGGAGAUGUGAGGAGGGUUCGGGAUCACACAACGGACAAUGAGAAAGACACACAGAUCCAAAAUGUGAUCCAGAAAGACCUCUCUUCCCCUUUUGAUAAGGGGCCCUCCGUAUUUAAGUCUGUCCGGAAAGAUUUUAGCAUAACAAGAGAUGAUGCUAAGGAUAUUUUUUUGACAAAGGAGAAAGCCAGAGAUGGACCUUUUCAAGAGCGUGACAAACGCUUGGAAAAAAUGCCAAAGGAGUUGGAUUCCAGAUUGAAAAGCAGUUUCCUCGAUAAAUCAGUUACUAAUCAAGUGGAUGAAACGUUACGGACACAGUUAGCACCACAAGCACCAGAAUCUAACUUCAGGGAGUCUAGCUACCUGUUUGCUAAUAAGGAAUCUGUCGGUCAAGAGCUAGGGAAUUCCUAUGCGCCAAAUACUAGAAUUAAGGAAGAGCCUUUGGACAAUGACUAUGAUAAAGCUAUGGCACCUCAGCAGGGGCUGCUGAACAAAAUUAAGGACGAACCAGAUAAUACUGAGGAAUAUGGCCAGCAGCCAAAAACUCAGGAAGGAGAACUGAAGAUCAGUGCUGUGUUUUCAGUCAGUGGCAGCCCUCUUGCUCCACAGCUCACUUCGGGUUUCCCACCUAACACACCAUCCUCUGGCAUGAAUAAACUGCUUCCUGCAGUCCCAAGCACAGCUGUUCGGGUUUCCUGUUCAGGCUGUAAGAAGAUCCUGCAGAAGGGGCAAACAGCCUACCAGAGGAAAGGCUCUACUCAGCUUUUCUGCUCCACACUGUGCCUCACGGGAUAUACUGUACCAGCCACGCGGCCACCAGCUUCUUCCAAGAAAACCUGCUCUAGCUGCUCAAAGGACAUUCUGAAUCCAAAGGAUGUGAUUACUGCUCAGUUUGACAACACCAACUCCAGCAAGGACUUCUGCAGCCAGUCGUGUCUUUCCAUGUAUGAGCUGAAAAGGAAACCUGUCGUCACCAUCCACACAAACAGUAUUUCCACCAAGUGCAGCAUGUGCCAGAAGAAUGCAGUGAUUCGGCAUGAAGUGAAUUACCAGAAUGUCGUGCAUAAGCUCUGCAGUGACGCCUGCUUCUCCAAGUUCCGCUCUGCAAACAACUUGACCAUGAACUGCUGUGAGAACUGUGGGGGUUACUGUUACAGUGCCUCGGGCCAGUGCCACAUGCUUCAGAUAGAGGGGCAGUCCAAAAAGUUUUGCAGUUCAGCGUGCGUCACUGCAUACAAGCAGAAAUCAGCAAAAAUCACUCCCUGUGCACUGUGUAAAUCUCUGAGAUCUUCAGCUGAGAUGAUUGAAAGCACAAAUAAUGUGGGGAAAACGGAACUCUUUUGUUCUGUGAACUGUCUGUCGGCACACAGAGUUAAAAUGGUCACAUCUUCAGGUGUCCAGGUGCAGUGUAACAGCUGUAAGACCUCAGCCAUCCCCCAGUAUCACCUAGCUAUGUCAGAUGGCAGCAUACGCAAUUUUUGCAGCUACAGUUGUGUGGUAGCUUUUCAGAACUUGUUCAACAAGCCUGCGGGAAUGAACUCCUCGGUGGUGCCCUUGUCGCAGGGCCAAGUGAUUGUCAGCAUCCCCUCGGGAGCAACGGUUUCAGCAGCGGGCAGCACUCCCUCUACAGUCUCCCCCAGCUCAGUCAGCAGCUCGGCUGCAGCUGGUCUCCAGAGGCUCGCCGCUCAGUCCCAGCAAGUCACCUUCGCUCGGGCUGUCGUCAAACUCAAGUGUCAACACUGUAACCGCCUGUUUGCCACCAAGCCUGAACUGCUUGAUUACAGGGGCAAAAUGUUCCAGUUCUGUGGCAAGACCUGCUGCGAUGAGUAUAAGAAGAUAAACUGUGUCAUGUCGAUGUGUGAAUACUGCAAGAUUGAGAAGAUUAUCAAAGAGACGGUGCGAUUCUCAGGCAUCGACAAGUCAUUCUGUAGUGAGGGCUGCAAGCUGCUGUAUAAGCAUGACUUAGCCAAGCGUUGGGGGAACCACUGUAAGAUGUGCAGCUACUGUUUGCAGACAUCUCCCAAGCUGGUUCAAAAUAAUUUUGGGGGCAAGGGGGAGGAGUUCUGUUCAGAAGACUGCAUGUCGAAGUUCACGGUUUUGUUUUAUCAGAUGUCCAAAUGUGACGGCUGCAAAAGGCAGGGUAAACUCAGCGAGUCCUUGAAAUGGCGAGGGGAAAUGAAGCAUUUUUGUAACUUGCUUUGCAUUUUGAUGUUUUGCAACCAACAGUGUGCAUCAGAUCCACCGCCCCCUCCACCCCCGCCGCCACCCCCUCCACCUCCCCCACCUCAGAACAAUACAGCAAAUCUUUCCAUGACACCAACGCCCUCUGCAGGGCCCCCUCCAUCUCUCAGGAAGGAUUCCACUCCAGUUAUAGCAAACGUGGUGUCCCUUGCUAGUGCUCCUGCUGCCCAGCCCACAGCCAAUUCCAAUAAUGUUUUGCAAGGUGCAGUUCCUACUGUGACAGCAAAGAUUAUUGGAGAUGCAAGUACUCAAACAGAUGCUUUGAAGCUGCCUCCUUCACAGCCUCCCCGACUUCUCAAGAACAAAGCCUUACUGUGCAAGCCCAUAACACAGACCAAGGCCACUUCUUGCAAGCCUCAUACGCAACACAAGGAAUGCCAGACAGAAGAAGAAGAAGACGUUCCACCCAAAAUAAUCAUGGUGCCUGUUCCUGUACCAGUGUUUGUACCAGUUCCUCUCCAUCUCUUCACCCAGUACACACCAGUUCCACUGGGAAUGCCAAUACCCGUCCCAGUUCCUAUGUUGGUUCCACCUGCUCCAGAGAAUACUGGCAAGGCAAUAGAAACCAUUCCAGACAUCAAGGAGAAGAGCUCCACCAAUGCCUUUGAGGCAGAUCUCCUCCAGAUGGCAGAAAUGAUUGCAGAGGAUGAGAAGGAUAAAGAACACUCGCGAGGAGGCUCUCAGACAUCUGAGCAUGAACUGUUCUUGGACCCUAAGAUAUUUGAAAAGGAUCAAGGCAGCACAUACAGUGGCGACUUAGAGUCCGAAGCAGUGUCGACCCCUCACAGCUGGGAGGAAGAGCUGAACCACUAUGCCUUACGCUCAAGUACGGUGCCCGAGCCUGAGCCUGAGCCAAGGCAGUUCUCCAAAGGAGAGCUGGAGCAGGACCUGGAGGCUGACUUCCCUUCAGACUCCUUUGACCCAAUCAGCAAAGGGAUGGGUUUUCACUCGCGUGCACGAGCAAGGCGGAGACAUAGAGAUGGUUUUCCGCAGCCGAAAAGGAGGGGGAGGAAGAAGUCCAUAGUAUCUGUGGAACCUCGGAUGCUUGUGCAGAGCUCCUACCCAGGCUGUUCCGUUUCCGGGAUGAGUCUCAAGUAUAUGUACGGGGUGAACGCCUGGAAGAACUGGGUCCAGUGGAAAAACACGCAGGAAGACCAAGGAGACUUGAAAUUUGGAGUUCGGCCUGUGAAGCUCAAAGAGGACAUCCUCUCUUGUUCUUUUUCGGAGCUCAGCUUCGGCUUGUGUCAGUUUAUCCAGGAGGUACGGCGACCAAAUGGUGAAAAGUACGACCCUGACAGCAUCUUAUACCUGUGCCUUGGAAUUCAGCAGUACCUAUUUGAGAAUGGUAGAAUAGAUAACAUUUUUACCGAGCCCUACUCCAGGUUUAUGAUCGAACUUACAAAACUGUUGAAAAUCUGGGAGCCUACAAUACUUCCCAGUGGUUACAUGUUCUCAAGAAUUGAAGAGGAGCACUUAUGGGAGUGUAAACAGCUGGGUGCCUACUCCCCUAUCGUCCUCCUGAAUACGCUGCUUUUCUUCAACACCAAAUACUUCCAGCUCAAGAAUGUCAGCGAGCACAUGAAGCUGUCCUUUGCCCAUGUCAUGCGACGCACUCGCACUCUGAAGUACAACACCAAGCUGACCUAUUUACGCUUCUUCCCUCCUUUCCAGAAGCAGGAGGUAGAAUCAGAUAAAUUAGUAGGCAAAAGAAAACGCCAUGAGGGUGAAGAUGUCCCAACAGCGGUGGAGAUGGUCGAGAACACUGACAACCCCUUGAGAUGCCCAGUUCGGCUCUAUGAAUUCUACUUGUCAAAGUGUUCUGAAAGUGUGAAGCAGAGAAGCGAUGUCUUUUACCUCCAGCCGGAGCGUUCGUGUGUCCCCAAUAGCCCUAUGUGGUAUUCCACUAUGCCAAUAGAUCCUGGGACUUUGGACAUCAUGUUAACGCGUAUCCUUAUGGUAAGGGAGGUGCACGAAGAACUUGCCAAAGUCAAACCAGAGGACUCUGAUCCUGAGCUUUCAGACUAAAGUUGGGCAAAAGGGGGUGUUAUCUCUUUUUGUUUUGUUUUGUCUCUUUCCCUUUCCAAUACACCUUGCAAAAGCACCAAACUGUGAAUGCAUCCAGCCUUUGGAAGAGACAGUCCGCCGUGUCACAUAAACCCUCAGGAGGUGCAGUGCGACCUGCAACAGAUUGCAAAUGAAAAUCAAAGGACAGAGAAUGACAGGAGGCACAAGAAAACGGAAGGCUCGGUGGCCGCAAUUGCUCCUGAAAAAACACUUUCUUAAGAUGAGCUCAAUACUUGUUCUCUCUUCUCCCCCCCCCACAUCCUGUCUCCCAAACAAAGUGGUGCUUGUAUGAGGAUAAAAACCGAUUAAGGAUAUUUUUUUCCUUAGAAGGAAACUUGUUGUAUACAUCCUUUCAUCCUAACCAUGGAAGCAAAGAAAGCUAGAUUUUCAACCUCUGGGUGCUUUUGCAGUGUAGCUGCUGCCCACAGCGAUGUGGGGUUUUCCUAACACUUACUGUAGGAUGCGAAGCAGAACGUAGUACAGUGGCAACGGAAAUGCUGCCUGUAACGUACACACACCAAUACUCCACCCUUGUUGUCCUUUCCCCCUUUUUAUAUUUUUUUUAAAGAAAGAAGGAAAAAAGCCCUCUGAUUGGAUGUUCAAAGAGGCUGAUUCAGUCAGAAACUGCGGCAAAGGACUCGACUGCUUAAGGGGGAAGCUUAAGCAGAUGUGAUGAAAUUCCCUCCCUUUUGAAAUGGUGGGUCUGUUGCAUUCCUCCUUGGGCAGCAGAGUAAAACUGAAGGAUCCUCUCAGACCACUUUAUGUUGUGACAGGGAAUUCCAAAGUGUGUGUGUGUUCAGGCACUCCCAAUGCCCAACAAAACAGGGUUUGACACAGGAAACUCCCCUCCCACCGGACCACUCUUCUGCUAUCAAAUGCCAAGAUGCACAGAAAUGGUUCUGGAAGAAUUGUACUCCCUGUCAUCAACUUCUCCCCCACUUCUCGUUUUUGGUUUUUCUUAAGCCCACCCCACUGGCAGCUUCCCCACUACUUGUCCCCCAUCCAUAAUAUUUUUUUUUUAAUAUCUCCUGGAGGGAUGAGCGUUUUUGGGCCUUGCAAAAUGGUUUGUUUUAAAAAAAUUAUCCCACCCCUUUUUAAAUAAAAUAAUAAUGAAAAAGCCCAACUACAGUUGAUCCUUGGAUGGGGUUAUUUGUCUCUCUACUCGUUCAUCCUUGCUUCUCCUUGUCACUUUCAGUUGAAAGGACAUGUGGAAAUAAGAUCCAAAUUGAAGACAGAACUUUCAUUGUCCUGGCUGUUCUCCGUAGCUCUCCUUUUACCCCAGCCCUGACCCCCAAUUGAAACCCUCCUUCUACAUUAUGAAAAACAUUGCACGGUGCUUAUCCCGAACUAGGUCAAAUACAUUUCACAAUGUCCGCUCAAAUGUAAGACUGUAUUUUCUCAGUCUUGCAGAUCAGUUUGAAAUCCAAGCUAUUUUUUAAAAGUAUAAAAUUGUAUGUUUUUAUUGGCAGUUUUGUCCAGUCACUAAAUUUCUACAGCAGAGGUCUGCCUUCUUUUCCUUUUUAAAACCCUCUGGUUGAAAACCUCUCCAGCAGCGGGACUACUUUUUGUGUCUACGUGUGUGGGGUAUUCUUUUUAACAGUAACAAAGGUAACAACGAUAAAAUCAGAAAGUGGUCCUCUCUUUUGCCGUUGUGUACUUAAUAGUCCUGUCCCCUGCCUGUAAUGAACUUCACUAGUGUAUUUUUUAAAUACAGAAAAUUGUGUGAAUAUUUUUUUUUAAAAACACCUGCUCCCACACUUGAUUUCUGUAUAAUUCUUUUUCUCUCUCUCUCUGCGUGUCUCUUUCCACUCCCCUGCUGCCCCAUUUUUGUCACAUUUGAACAGAAAUCCCAUGUUUCACUGUAUAGCCUGAGAUAAAAAAUUGGAAAGUGGAGGGGAGGAAAAGUUGUUAACUGGGUUGUGACCUUUUUUCCCAAUAAACUUCCCACAGUUUGAAGUACAUGAUAUUUUCUAGGUGUUUAAAACGCUAAUUUCCCCCCAAUUCCUCUCUAUGCCCCCCCCAAUUUUGACCCCUUGUAGCUGUAUAAAUAAGUAGUUGAAUAGCAGAUACACUGUUAUGGGUUACAACAUCAAAUAUGUUUUUCUGGAACUUAAAAAAAAAUAAAAGUCCCUCACAUUUUUUUAAAAAAAAUUGAGCUUUUUUGUUCUGUUUUGUUUUUUAAAUAAACCGAUACAAUCAGUUUACUGUAUGGCUGUAAGAAAAAGAUUUUUUUUUUAAAUUGGUGUCUUGGUUGCAUGUAAGUCUGCCCAGAGUCCUCCUAUGAAUUUGUAACUGAGAAGCCCAUGGUAGGUGGGAAAAGGUCCUGAUGACGUGCAGCUAUUUAUGUCUGUCAGACUGUUUUGUGUUUUUGUUAGAAAUUUGUGUGAAUUUUAAAAAAUUCCUUCAGGGAAUAAUAAGCAACAAGGGAAAAAUUUCCAAACCAUCUUGUUGAAUUCUUUAAAAAAAAGACCUUUUCCCAGUUUUUCCCCCUUGAUAGAACUUAACAGAAAGAUCCCCCUAGAAUAAAGCAGUAUAUUUGUACACAA